CUUACAGCUGUAAGUGUCAGUUGCCGUGACAACGGUAAAGCAGUCUGUUGGGCGUGUGGUCACAGAGGCCUGGAGGAUUCUCUCAAGUAGCAGAGACGGGCUUAGUACGUGCGUGUGAACAGAACGCUAUGAGGAGGGAGCUCUGAGCUGGAGACGAGUGGAACCAUGUUAUCUUCGUCAGACAGCAGCCGGGAGGGUGAGGCUUCAAAAUGGUUGGAUGCGCAUUAUGAUCCUGUUGCUGGUCUAAAUACCUUCUCCUCCUGUAUUGCUCUCGCUGAUUUACAUGGGGACGGUGAUUUUAAGAUGGUGGCUGGUGACAUUGGCAGUGGGCCAUAUAACAUGAAGCUGAAAGUGUAUAAGGGCACAAGUCUUAUGUCUGAAAAUGUGUUGCUUGACAUGCCAACUGGCGUUGCAGCCUUCUUGAUGGAUCAGAAUGAACCACGUACGCCGGCUGUGGCUGUGGCCUCUGGAUCAUACAUAUAUGUGUACAAGAAUUUAAGACCUUACUUCAAAUUUACUUUGCCAGCUCUUGAAGUCAACCCCCUGGAGAGGGAAGUUUGGGAUCAAGCUAAAGAGGACAAAAUUGACCCUAUGACACUGAAAGAGAUGUUGGAUGGAAUCAGAGAAAAAGCAGAAAUUCCUCUGUCAGUCAGGUCACUUCGAUUCCUUAUGCUGGAUCAACUGGAAAUGGAGGCUUUUGUGAAUACGUAUAAACAAUUGCCACUGAAACGCCAGGUGAUACAUUUUUAUUGUGUAAUGACUGUGAUCACAUGUAUGGGAACUCUGAAGAAGAACAUGGCAGAUGAAGAUGCUGUGUGCUGCCUUGUCAUAGGUACAGAAAGUGGAGAAAUAUAUAUACUGGAUCCAGAAGCAUUUACUAUUUUGACCCGGGUUGGUCUUCCCAGCAUCCCGGCUCUUCUGGAUGUAAAUGGACAGUAUGAUAUAGAAUACCGCAUUACUGUUGCAUGCCGCAAUGGUAAUGUAUACAUUCUCCGCAGAGCUUCAAAGCAUCCUAAAUAUUGCAUUGAGUUGAGUACUCAGGUGGUUGGAAUCGUCCGUGUCCAGAAGAAUAUCAUAAUUGGGACCUCCCAGGAGACUUUGCUUGGAUACUCCCAAAAGGGGAAGCAGCUUUGGGCAGUUACUUUACCUGCCUCCAUUAUGACGAUGGCUUUAUUGGAACAGAAGUCACGUAGCAUCCAAGCUGUUCUGGUGGGAUUAAAGAAUCUGGAAGUGCACCUGUACAGAGAUAAGAAUUUGCUGAGUGUUUUUUCAACCCCAGACAUAGUAACCAGCAUUUGCUUUGGAAGAUAUGGAAGAGAGGAUGAUACUCUGAUUAUGACCACAAGAGGAGGGGGUCUUAUUAUCAAGAUACUGAAGAGGAUGGCUCACUUUGAAGAUAAGGAUACAACUCUGGGUCCCCCUACUGGACAAAGCAUUAAGCUCAAUGUACCAAAGAAAACCAAACUUUAUGUCGACCAGACCCUUCGUGAGAGAGAGAAUGCAGUGGCGAUGCAUCGUGUUUUCCAAAUGGAUCUGUACCGUCUCCGUCUUAGUGCAGCCCGAGCUUAUGUUAAGGCCCUGGAUGCCAGCCUCACCCCAGUAUCCUCAACACUCCAGGAAUCUCUUACUCUAAAUGCUGCUGUACAGGGAAUUGGUCCUCGGUUCAAGCUAAUACUGAAUUUACAGAACACUUCAGUGAACCGACCUUCCAUGCAGCUGCUUAUUAGUUUCCUAUAUGAUGAACAACUUUACCAGCUCAGACAAGCCUUCUUUAAGGUUCCAUUGCUGGUUCCUGGCUUGAACUAUCCUAUCGAGACAUAUGUUGAUUGUUGCACUGAUAAAGGGAUCUCUGAUAUAAUUAAGGUUUUUGUCCUGAGAGAGGGAAAAAGUACGCCGUUACUUACAGCACACAUCAACAUGCCAGUUAGCGAAGGCCUAGUGGCUGGUUGAAGUUGUCUACAGAGCUAUCUUCAUCAUCUAAAGAGCUUGGAUAAAAAUAGAAAAUAAGACCGAGUAACAAAGGAUUGCAUCCUUCUAGGACUAUAGUUCUAGUUAUGGAUACUUAAGAAACUGCACUUUUCAAAUGUCCCAUUCCCAGAUGUAAUUAUUCUGAAACCAAAUUAAGGCCAUUGAAGUACAAUGUACAAUGAUGGGUAGCAGUCAGGCACGUGUUAAAGAUAACCUGUAACCAAAAAAUGCAGCGCAGUCUGCAGACAGCAUGUUAGAAAGCAGGAGGAUCUGAGUAGAUUGUUUUAUAGUUUUGUAAAAAUAGAUUCAACAAAAAUGUAUUCAUUUUAAACCUGUGCUCGUUCUGAACUUAAAGGACUUUUUCACGAUUACUAUGGUUUUUAACAGAUAUGCUCAUGUAGAUGCCUAACUUAUUUCCCCUGCUUUUUUUUUUUUUUUGCCCAAUUUGGACUUUCCUGACCCGCUUUCACCUUGUCCCUGUCCACAUCUAUCAGUGACUGACAGCCAUCUCUGUAUCAGUUGCUCGUUAAGUGGAGGAGAAGUGGUGUAUUUACAUGCAAUGAUCACCUCCACAGUAUAAGCUAUUGCAUUUGCUCUUCCUCAUACAACUGCAUUGUUUCUGGACAGCAGAACGCUGUUUAGACACUAGACACCGUGAUCUGCUGUCCAGAAAUGAUCAUUUAGAUGCCUGCACGAACGACAGUUUUACCCGAUGAACGCGUGUUUUGCUGCACCUUUAGACAGGCAGAUUGUUGGGAACAAGCGUUCAAAGCAACGUUCAAUCCUGAUAAUCUGCCCAAUUAUCUGGAUGUGUAAAUCUAUGUUAAGUUAUAUUUAGAUGAGCAGAUAAUUGUUACAGUUCGAUUGUUAACAAUGUUAUCUUUGCAUGAAAAUGCUUCAUCUGUCAUUGGCUUUAAAUUGCUAAAUGCAAUGGUGUCACGAACGAUUAUCCAAUCAUUACAAUCUGUCCACUAAAAGUCCCUUUACAAAGGAGGAUACAGCAGCAGAUUGUCGGGAAGGAAACGUUUGCCCUCUCCUCCUACAUUUUCUGUACAUUCAGCGGUCUCCUUCACAGUAUGGGGAGGACCAAUCACUAAUGCCAUCGCUCUUCCCUAUACAGACUCGUUGUUUUCUGGCACGAUCUGCUGCAGGUAAACAACGAUUUUUGUGUCCACAUGAAUGAUCUAUUACCCUAUGGAAGAGUGUUUUGCUUUUUCAGCGGCACUGCUAUGAACGCUCGUUAGAGAUUGUCUUGCAGAUUCUCAGCCUGUGUAAAGGGCCCUUAAUGAUUUAUGUUUCACGAUAAUGGAGUAUUGUAAAUGUAUGUAGCAACUGAACAGUUAUAGUGAUAAUGCUCAUUUAAUGCUUUAAAAAAAAUGUUUUUGCAAAAAUGGUUAUAGUUAUUGAAUCGUGGAAUGAAAAGGUACAUUGUGUGAUCUUUUGGUGACGUGAAUGGGGUAAAACAAACAUGUUUUAUUUAAAUCUUUGCUGUCUAAAUACAGUGAAUGAUUCUCAAUUAAGCAAGUAAAUUAUUGCGUGUGAACGAAUGUGUACACAAUAAUCUUUACACAGUUCAGUCCAUACAAAUACAGCUCACUACAAAUGAGUCCUGUCACGGCUGUGUCAUGGUCUGGUGGUAGUGGACCGUGACACUUUUGCCUUGCUGAACUGGACUUUAAGAGCCACAACUUUUUAUUAUUUUUUGUUGACUUUACUGUGUGAGGGCUUAUUUUUUGCGGGACAAGUUGUAUUUUUUAUUGGCACCAUGUUGGGGUACAUUUGGCUUUCUGAUCGCUUUUUUUCUCAUUUUUUGGGAGAUGAUGUGGGCAAAAAUUGAAAUUCUGUCAGUGUUGUUUUUUUGUUUUUUAAUAUCAGGUUCACCAUGGUAUAUAUGAUAGAAUAACUUUAUUCUGCAGAAUGAUACAAUUAUGGCAAUACCAAAUUUAUGUACAGUAUUUUUAUUUUUUUUUUCCUGUUUUACAAUUUUUGCAUAAUGAAAUCCCUUUUUAUAAAAAAUCUUUUAUAUCACCAAAUGUAAGCACUCUACAACACUAGAUGAAGGCAGAAUUACUCCCAUACGGGAGGGAUGGCAGGCUGCUGCGCGUGUGUGCCAGGCAGGCCUCUCAGGACGCGAGAAUGACUAUGAUAGAAACAAGUUUGCUCAGAGAGCAAGAACAAGAGAGCAUGGUGCACUAAGGGAUUCCACUAACAAUUCUUUAUUAAAUAAACUUUAAAAACACAAAUAAAAAGCUUAAAUCAAGGAGGGCCCUCCUUGUUUUGUUUGUUUAAUGUUUAAUAAAUAAUUGUUAAUGGAACUUUCUUGUUCUUGCUCCCUAAGCAAACGUGUUUCUAUUUAGUUUACAUAGGGGAACUGGGCAGGUGUGUCCAUUGUCUCCUUUACUUUAUUUUGCAGUAGCGCUCAAGCCUCUGGCACUGUCAAUUUGACAGGAUAUUAAUUAACUAGGUAUCUCUUUGGGUGGCAGAGAGGCUGCAUUGGGGUAUAUAUGCUGAUUAUAUGGUAAUAUUUCUCUCAGAUCCUAAAAAUUCCUUUUCAUACACUGCCUCGAUUAUAGACACCUUUGGCAGGUUCUCUGAUCUCCUAGUAAACUGGCAGAAAUCCUUUCAUAUGCCUCUUUGUCGUUCGGGUUUGCAUAUUGGCGGGGAACUUUGUCAUCCCAAUCCUACUCCAUGUCGAGCCCUUGCUAUCUCAGGGUCAAGCUCAAAGUAUUGCUGUUGAAAAUGAUCACCCUUCUUAAGCUUUUGUGUACCCUGGAAAAUAUAGAUACUAUAGUACCACAGAGGUUUUUUGGCGCAGUGGACUCUAAUGUCCCCCUUUUAUCUAGGGUAAAAAGAGACCCAAACUUUGUUUAAGCACCCUUCAGAGACCAAAAGAUAUGAGGCAAGCUGCUCUGGCUGACUUCCAGCUGUAUUAGCUUGCUUGACAAUUAUGUUAUGUCAAGUCAUGGUUAUGUAGUAAACCCCUGUCUAAUAGCGAGCAUCAUCUCCAACAUUUGCUGUCAGAUUACUCCCUGUGGGCAGUUCUAGAAUAAUGCUUUUCAGGGUCAAUUACUACAUUGCAUAGAUUGACCACACAUGUAUGGGCCAAUAAGCAGAUAUCAUUCUUUGGUGCAACUCUUGCUGAGACUCCCGUGUGGCAGAAUAGUGGUUUGAUACAGCUCAGGUCUCUCCCAGA